GCAAAGAGGAGGAACGCUUCAUGCUCGUUCUGGCUGUCAUGGCGGACGGCAAAAAGGUUUCACCGCGCAUCAUCUUCAAGGGCACGCCGUUCACCUCCCCAACCGUGAGCGGCAAUGGGAAGAGCACCCUGCCGCGGAAGAACUCCGUCGCGUGGGAGAUCCAUCCUGCGAACCGCGCCAAGCACGGCCACCCUGCCAACGGCAUGUCCUUCGGCGUGCAGGAGAAGAGCUGGAGUGACCAGCGGGAGUGCAACGGGUGGACCUCGGGCAGCUGGAAGCUCCGUCCCAACAACGGCAGCAUCGUCCAGCAGCGCCCGUGCAUCCUGGUGCUGGACGACUUCAAGUGCCACAAGGACGAGGGUUUCAUCGCCGCCCUCAAGAGAGACGCCAACACCAUCGUCAUCUUCAUCCCAGGCGGGUUGACGCCCUUACUCCAACCGCUCGACCUCAACAAGCAGAUGAAGCGGCUGCUGCGGGGCAAGCACACCGCCUACAGCUCGUCGGCGGUCGCAGACGCCCGGUCGGGUAAGCUGAAGCCACCGGAGCGUGGGAUCGUCUCUACGUGGUGCAAGGAAGAGUGGGAGUCCAUCACCCCCGAGACGGUGAAGACUUGCUUUAAGAUCUGUGGUCUCACGCUCGCGCUCGACGGCAGCGAAGACCACGCCUGGUGCGCGCACAACUUCGGGGAAGACUACCGCGACCUUCUCGAGGAGCAGCACGCCGUGUGGCUCGCUGAGCACCCCAAUGUGACUCUCCCGCCGCUCAAGCUGCCGAAGGUACCAGGGGGGUUCGACUCCAACCCCAUCACGGCUGCUCAGAAGGAGGUCGAGGGGAAGUUGCUGCCUACGUCGCUGAUGGGAGCGACAGCGAGGUGGAGGUCGUGGAGGGCGACAGCGACGUGGAAGUCGUGGAGGGGCAGGAGGGGGGGUCUCCGAAGGAGAAGUAAUCGAAGUUUGAAUCAUAGUUCUUUGGGAUUGCCAGUGAGAUUGGAUGUGUUUGCGAUGGUAGGGGCGCGGGCACGAAGUAGAGUUCAACCCGCCUAGGUAAUACAGUAGUAGGACGUUGGUAGCUCGUAGUGGUAGUUUGGUGUGAUUUAUUACUUCGUUUUAGGUUUCAUCUGCGUUUAGAUUUUUUUGUUGAGUGGAUGCCGUUUGCCGAUUUGCAGAUCUUGAUUCUUCAGAACGAAAAGACG